CACAACAAACAGCCCGACCAUACACUGUGAAAUCAACGUUUUGAAAAAGGAGCAUAUUUGCCAUAAUGUUUGGAUUCAACUCAUUUGCCUCGUUUCCCAACCAAUUCAAGACACAGUACAGAUGUUUCUCUGUAUCUAUGCUCUCGGGCACCUACAGAGAAGAUGUAGAGAGAGGAGGAAAAAUUAUAAUGCCUCCAUCUGCUCUAGAUACUUUGUCACGACUUCACAUUGAGUACCCCAUGUUAUUCAAGCUCACAAACAAGAAAGCUAACAGGACAACAAAUUGUGGAGUUCUGGAGUUUGUGGCUGACGAAGGCAAAGUCUAUCUCCCGUACUGGAUGAUGCAGAACUUAUUACUUGAUGAGGGGGAUCUUCUCAACAUCCAAGUGGAAGCAAAUGGGUUGCCUGUAGCAACAUAUUCAAAAUUCCAGCCCCAAUCAGUGGACUUUCUAGAUAUAUCAAAUCCCAAGGCAGUCCUGGAGAAUAUCUUGCGAGGAUUCGCGUGUCUCACCAAAGGGGACAUGGUGGCCAUUAAAUACAACGACAAGAUCUAUGAGCUGGAGGUUCUGGAAACAAAGCCCAGCGAUGCUGUAUCAAUUAUUGAAUGUGAUAUGAGUGUUGAGUUUGCCCCACCAGUUGAUUAUGUAGAGCCUCAAAUGCCAAGGGCUAAGGAACAUCAACAUGAGGAAAUGCAAGUAGACAACACAGAUUAUUCACAGUACAUUGAUGUAAACAAAUUCAGGGCAUUCCAAGGAGAAGGUCAUAGGUUAGAUGGCAAGAAGAAGAACGUAGAUUACAAGCCUGUCAUUCCUCCUGAAGACAUCCCACAAAGAGGCAUCCCAAAUUACGAUUACAAGAAAGGCACAUUGACUUUCAUCAGGAGAAUACGACCUUCAGCAGCCAGCAAUGGAGUAGGAACAGACGAAGUGGACUCUUUUGAGGCUUUCAAGGGAGACGGAAAGAAGCUACGCACAAAAACGAGAACUAAAUAGGGCUGAAACGUCACCUUGUUUUCUUGUACAUUUAGUAUCGGGCCAUACAGUCACUUCAGGAACAGAAGGGCGUUGGGGUUGGUAACAUAUCAACGAUGUUAUAUUUAUAAUAAUAAUGAUUAAGAUUGGUCUAUGUUCAUGGGGAUCACCAAUUUAUUCUUAUGAGCAAGUAGUGCCGAUCCUCUAAGAUCCUAUAGACAUAAACAUAUUUUUCGUCAUGAUUAUUAUCAAAUUGUUGGUAUGUAACCGGCCCUCAACUUUGUAAAGUCGUUAUGAACUUAACGGCCUUCUUGCUCCAGAAGAACAUUUGUUAUGCCCUUGUAUUUAUGCCAUUGCUUGAUGUUUUGACUCAUUUCCAAACAUUUUUUUUUCUCCAAAAUCUUCAUGGAUUAGUAGUUUUCCCUAAAAGAUAAAGUGUUCUAUCAAAUCACUUUGCAGGUCGUAUUCCAUCUCAGUAACAGAAGCUUUCGCAUUGAAAUUAUAUUGGAAAGAAAAGAAAAAUGUAUAAGUAAAUGGAUAUUAUCAAUUUAUUACUUUACUUCUGGUUAUUUGUAAAAACACAUUUAUGUUCUUGUCAUUUAUAGUCAUAUCAUUGGUUCUUUCCAGAAUUGUGAGGUAAAAACAAACAAAGAAUUAUUCAUAGAAUGGGGUUAUUUUGCAUGAGCUUCUCUCGUUUAAAAGAUGACCUUUGUAAUUUGUGUUCUUGCCUUACUCAAUUACUCUGAAGUCCUGCAUGGGUAUGGCAUAAAUACAAAAUCAUAGGAUUUGAUUAGCCAUCAAUUGAUUUGACUAGUGUACAGAUUAGAAUAUUUUAUUGAAAUACAAAGUAAUAAAAAAAGACGUUGAGCCCUGUU